AUUUAACAAAGAGCCAGAGAGAGCGUGUCUCUUAAAUUUCAAAUCUCAAACCCUCCCGCGAGAAGAACCAAAAAAAAAAAAAAAACACAGAGAAAAAGCACUUUCUCAUUUUCACAAACCAAUCUCUCUCUCUCUCUCUCUCUCUUCUGGAUCGGAAAAUGUCUGGCCGCGACAAAGAGAAGGGUGUCAACGUUCAAGUUCUUCUUCGUUGCAGACCGUUCAGUGAAGAUGAGUUGCGGAGCAACGCGCCGCAGGUUGUUACCUGCAACGAUUUCACCAGAGAGGUAUCGGUGUCUCAGAACAUCGCCGGCAAGCACAUUGAUAGGGUUUUCACUUUCGAUAAGGUUUUUGGUCCUUCUGCACGGCAAAGGGAUCUGUACGAUCAAGCUAUUGUUCCGAUAGUAAAUGAAGUUCUAGAGGGAUUUAAUUGUACUAUAUUUGCCUAUGGUCAAACUGGUACAGGGAAAACAUAUACAAUGGAAGGUGAAUGCAAAAGAGCAAAGAGUGGGCCAAAUGGAGAGUUGCCUGGAGAAGCAGGAGUGAUACCUAGAGCUGUUAAGCAGAUUUUUGAUACGCUUGAGAGCCAGAAUGCUGAAUAUAGUGUGAAAGUCACCUUUUUAGAAUUGUAUAACGAGGAGAUUACUGAUCUGCUUGCCCCAGAAGAACUUUCAAAAGUUACUUUGGAGGAGAAGCAAAAAAAGCAGCUUCCUCUUAUGGAGGAUGGUAAAGGUGGUGUUCUUGUAAGAGGUUUGGAGGAAGAAAUUGUGACAAGUGCAAAUGAAAUUUUUACUCUUCUAGAGAGAGGGUCUGCGAAACGGCGUACUGCAGAAACUUUAUUGAAUAAGCAAUCCAGUCGGUCACAUUCUUUGUUUUCUAUUACAAUCCACAUCAAGGAAUCAACCCCAGAAGGUGAAGAGCUUAUAAAAUGUGGCAAAUUGAAUUUAGUGGAUCUAGCAGGCUCAGAAAACAUUUCUCGUUCUGGUGCUAGAGAGGGUCGUGCAAGAGAAGCUGGAGAAAUUAAUAAAAGCUUGCUUACUUUAGGGCGGGUGAUUUGUGCACUUGUGGAACACCUUGGCCAUGUCCCUUACAGGGAUAGCAAGUUGACACGUUUACUGCGUGAUUCGCUUGGUGGAAGAACAAAAACAUGCAUCAUUGCAACCGUUUCUCCUGCAGUUCAUUGCUUAGAGGAGACCUUGAGCACAUUGGAUUAUGCACACAGGGCGAAGAACAUAAGAAAUAAGCCAGAGGUUAACCAAAAAAUGAUGAAAACAACUCUUAUCAAGGAUCUUUAUGGUGAAAUUGAACGCCUUAAGGCAGAGGUUUAUGCUGCCCGUGAGAAAAAUGGUGUCUAUAUACCAAAGGAGAGAUACAUUCAGGAGGAGAAUGAAAAGAAGGCCAUGGCAGAUCAGAUUGAGCAGAUGGGCAUCACAUUAGAAAAUCAGCAGAAGCAACUUGAGGAUUUGCAAAGCAAAUAUGUUGACCAAGUUUCACAGUGCUCACAAUUGUGCACAAAACUCGAUUCCACUGAGAAAAACUUGAACAAGAAAAGUAUAUUGCUUGCCAACACUGAGGAAGAAUUAAAAAAAUGUCGGUAUACCUUGAAAGAGAAGGAUUUUAUCAUUUCUGAGCAGAGAAAAGCAGAAAACGCUCUGACGCACCAAGCAUGCAUUUUACGAGCUGAUUUGGAGAAAGCUCUUCAGGAUAAUGCUUCGUUGUUUUCAAAAAUUGGUAGAGAAGAUAAAUUGAACUCAGAUAACAGGGCUGUGGUUAAUAAGUUUCAAGUGGAGCUCACCGAGAAAGUUGGUUCUCUUUGUAAUACUGUAUCAACAUCAUUGUCUCAACAGAAUGAACAUCUUCAAUGUGUGGAGGAUCUCUGCCACUCGUUUUUGGGCAUUCAUGAUGAGGCAGUUGGUGAUGUGAAAAAGAAAGUUACAGCUCUGAAGGCUUUGUAUAUAUCUCAUCUUGAGGUGGUGCACAAUGUUGUCCGUUUGCAUAAGUCACACUCUGAUGCUAACUUUGAGGAAAUAUCAUCUCUUAUAUCGUCCAAUGGCUACUCUAUUGAAGAAUUUCUUGCAUCUGAGGCUGCCGAAGCAGGUUCAAUAUUUAAUGAUCUUCAGAGUUCUCUUUCAACUCAGCAGGGUGAAAUGGCACAAUUUGCAAGGGAAAUGCGCAAUAGAUUUAAUGUAAGUGCUGAGCAAAUAAAGGAUAUAUCUGACUGCACACAUGAAUUCGUGGAUAACCUUUUGGAAGAAGCAAAAAGGCUUGAAAACUUUGCAUCCGAGGCUGAUGAAAUGCAAAUGAAGAGCAUCACUGAGUUUAAAAAAGCUUAUGAGGAGCAGUCAAGAUCUGAGGCAGAGAAACUUAUUGCUGACAUGACUAGUUUAGUAUCAAGUCACAUUCGUCGGCAAAUGGACCUGGUAGAUACAAAGCUUGGUGAUCUUAGAGAAAAUGGCAUUGCAAGCAAAUCAUUCUUGGAUGGACAUGUAUCAUCAGUUGGGGAUGUUCUGUCUCGUGCUAAGAGAAAAUGGCAGGGCUUUUGCACGCAAGCAGAAAAAGAUACCAGAGAUACUGCUGAUUUUUCUGCCGCAAAACAUUGUCGUAUGGAGAUACUGAUGCAGCAAAGUAUCAAUACCGCUGAAUCAGCAUUCAAACAUACAAAGAGGACACAUGAGGUUGUAAAUGAGAUGGGGACCAAACACAUUUCUGCAUCAGUGUCACUUAUCAGGAAUGCUACUGAUAGCAACACGCAACAUGAGAUUGAGAUAAAUUCUGCUCGGGUUGCAGCGGAGGAAGAUGUGGCAAAGAACAGUGAGAAUGUCCUUCAGUGCUUCGGUGACAUGUCUGAACAAGAGAGGGAAUCCAUAUCUGGUAUGUUGAGUGUUGUCAAAACUCACGCGAAUACAAUCGAGACCUUCAGAGAGGAUCACUCUGGCCAAGCUGCUUCCAUUGAAGGAAGAGCAUGUGAAAUUUUUCAGCAGCAGUAUAGGGACUAUGAGCCAAGUGGGACUACACCGAUAAGAAGUGAACCUGAUGUUCCGAGUAAGGGAACCAUAGAGUCUCUUCGAACAUUGCCGAUGGAAACCCUUCUUGAGGAAUUCAGGGAAAACAAUUCUUAUGAAUCUUUUGAUGUCAAGGAGUUGAAACCAUCAUUAAUACCUCGUUCUCCCCUCAGCCAAGUAAAUUGAAGUUGUUGGUGACUUGCUUGCUCACCAGUCCUUUACAGUAUCGAAGUUUGUCUCAGAUUUUGUUCCUUGUCAUCUCAAAGUUUGUAUCUGUAACAUUGUUAUUGUAUCAAUUAUACUAGUCAUUGUUAGCCCCAAUCACGUAUGACCUAGUGGUAUGAUUUAAUGCAAAUUUAUGUUAAGUUCUGCAAUCCCGUCGUGGGAUUUAUUGGUAAUAAUUUGUAUAUUUUGGCAACAAUGGCUUGUAAGCUUGGUUCUUCCCCUGCCACUCAUUUGGCAAGUACUUGUAAUGAUAUAAAUGCUUGCUUAGCUAGUAAAGGAAAUCCUCUUUCGGAAUCA